AUGUCUCCCAGGACAAGCAGUGACUCUGAGCGAGUCAUCUCUCAACCUAUGCACACAAUGGUCUCAGGAAUGUCAAAUCUUGCCUCAAGGUCAAUCCAAGAUGAUGAAAUGUCAAGCCAUGACAACUCAUCAUUGUGCUCAAGUAUCCGGACAGCCCAUGGAAAUCCCCAGGACAUGAAGAACUGGACAUUGAACCACCCAGAAUCUUUUGAUCAGAAGACAGACCCAUCCGAGGUGCACAUGCUUUCUUUCUCGCUGUCUCAGCAGCUGAUGACCCCCACGGUCGGACCCAAUGAUGUGAUGUACCCAGUGGACUUCCCAGCAGUCCCUGACAUGAAUGAGCAUGAAAUGUCCCGGGAUAUCUAUAGCACAUUCCUGGAUUUCUCUUCCGUUGAAAAUGAUUCCUGUGCCAGGAACGGCACACCAGACGAUGCCCUUUCCAUUGGACACAGCUCUCACACCGAUGACGGCCACUACAUUACCGAGUCAUGGACCCCUAUGAUGCAUGGAGCCCACUACCCAGGAACCACCAUGGAACAAUUCUCAUCCGGUCUUUACCAGACUGUACCGGUCUCUCCCCCACUGACGGAAGCUAGCAAUGAUAUGUCUGUUGCUUCUUGCUCCCACCCGGGAUUCCCCUCAUUCAUGGCCCCUGACGAUGCUCUCCUGGGAGGAGACUUCACCACAUCACCAAUUGGAGCCCACGGAAUCAACCCAGCAGAGCCCUUGUUCCCCAGCACAUCUCUCAAUGAAAGAGAUCUUAACAGGACCAUCAGACCUUCCAAGCAAUCCCGCCGCUCAGCAUUGCCAGCUGUGUCUCACAAGGCCGACCCAGAGUUCUUCCCCUCCCUUCCCGUUAGAGAGCCCACUCGUCAGAAGUCCAAGGAAGGUGUUGAGGCUCGCAACCCGCGAGAGCACCAAUAUUAUUCCAUGUCCACCCACAGUGAUGGAAAAUACUACUGCCCCUUCGCCACUGGAGACAAGCCAUGCAACCACCCACCCACCACGCAAAAAUGCGCUUACCAGCAACCCUACCGCUGCAAGGUUCCCGCCUGCAUUGAUGCCCAACUCCGCUUCUCUUCCAACGCGUGCUUGUUCCGUCACGAGCGCGAAGCCCACGGAUUACAUGGACAUGGAGACAACCCCCACCUUUGCCUGUGGGAAGGAUGUGAGCGUGCCGUUCCCGGAAAUGGAUUCCCAAGGAGAUGGAACCUUUACGACCACAUGCGUCGUGUCCACGACUACGCCACCUCAGAGCGCCACAGCUCCCCUGAGACCUCCCCCGGCGCUGGACAGAUCAAGAAGAAGGAGACCGCCGGUCGCAAGCGAAGAGUCACCGGUGCCACCCCGGCUCCGACCAUGAAGCGCACCCGCUCCAUUCACUCCCAGGCUAGCUCCAUCAAGGCCACCCAGACUUCCAUUGGACAACGUCUCCAGACCGCCGAGAGCAACUACUUCAAGUGCCGUUCUCGGUUGAUGGAGCAGAUGGGUAGCAUCUCUCCCCAGGACAACGCUGGACACGAGAAGUUAAAUGCCAGCUUCCAGGAACUCUUCACUCUCAGUCUGAACAUCCGUCAGAUCGAGGCCAGCCAGGCCGUCAACCACGUGACCAACGGAAUGCCCUCCGCGUGA